AUCUGAAGGAGAGCGCCUGUUUCUGCAUCACUCUUGAGGAGAACGCUCACAUCACGACUACAAGACAUCCACACUGACCUUUUUUUGUGGGAAGAAUCAUGGCACUUGCAGGAAUCCUGAAGCAAGACGACAUCGUAGCAGCCAUGCAGGCUUGUCAAGCGCUAGGAUCUUUCAACCACGAGUCGUUCUUUGAACAAGUGGGUUUGAUCGGUAGAGCCUCUUCAGACGGGGAGAAGGUGUUCAAGGCUCUGGACCAGGACAAGAGUGGAUAUAUCGAAAAAGAGGAGCUGAAACGUUUCCUCCAGAACUUUUGCUCGAAGGCCAGAGAGCUCACUGAGGCCGAGACCAACACUCUUCUGGCAGCCGGAGACAAAGAUGGAGACGGAAAAAUUGGAAUCGAAGAAUUCUGCGCCUUGCUGAAAUGAAAAAGAGGCCAACGUCCUGAAGCUCGCUUUUCUAAAUGCUCCAUAUUUGUUUGCGCGUC